GCCCCCCGGCCCAGCCGUUCCGGAGCGCUGUGAACGUUCACCGCCGUUAACGUUUGAAACGCACGGCUCAGGUGAGGCGCCGCCGUCCCUUCUCCAUCUGGCUGCGGAGCGCGCCUGUAAAGGACUAAGUUCUAAGCGCUUUGUGGCCGUGUUUAACCACUCUCUGUCCGUAGUGGGGUCGCCCAGUGGAGGGGAGAGCAGCGUAAUGGCUGCCGCGGUAAAAGAGUGCCUGGAGCUCCAGCUGCUGGAAGUAGAAAUGUUGCUUUCAAUGUUUCCCAAAAAAGGGGAAAUAAGUCUGGAUGAGGAUGCUGUGCCCAGCGUGCAGCGCUACCUGAGGAGCACUGAUGGAGCUCUGCCCCCACAGCUCGAGUAUUCAGUCGCUGUUGGUGUAGGAGAGGCAAAGGUGGAACUGCAGGUACUGCUGCCUCGUAGGUACCCUCAUGUAGCUCCUCAGCUUUUUGCAAGCUCAAGUGCACUGCACAGGCAGCAACAGUUGGAGCUCAACACUCAUCUUGCUUCUCACAUGAGCUCUUUGGAUUCAGGUGAACUGUGCAUAUGUGAAGCUGUGCAGUGGCUGAAAGACAACAGCCUGCCUUACUUGGAAAACAGCAGGAUCUCUUCUGAAAGUGCCUCGGAAAAGGUGGCAGUUAAAGAAACAUUGCAUCGCAUGUGGAUCUACAGCCAUCAUAUAUAUAGGCAGGAGCUGAGGAAGAAGAUUUUUGACUGUGCAAAGAAGUUAAAUCUGACUGGCUUCUGCCUGACAGGGAAACCUGGCGUCAUCUGUGUGGAGGGACUCCGAGAAAACUGUGAAGAGUUCUGGCGUGUUAUUAGGUAUCCCAGCUGGAAGCAUAUUUCAUGCAAGCAUGUGGAGAACAUAGAAACGGAGGGAAGCGUCGAUGAUCUUCGUCUCUUUCAUGCUUUCGAAGACCUACAGUUUCAGGCACAUGGUGAUUAUGGCCUGAGGAAUGACUACCACAUGGAUCUUGGCCAGUUCCUAGAAUUCCUGAAACAGCAUCAAAGCGGACACAUUUUUCAGAUUUUAUUUGAUGUCGAAGGCAAACUUUCAGACAAAUAAGAGAAACUGUGGAAGGAGUUCUAAUUUUGGACAGCAAGAGAUGAUGCUAACAUUGAAAUACUGUGCGUUACAGCUACUGUAAAAAGGGAAGCAGUUUAACAUACAAGAAGAAUGGUCAAGUAAAGUAGUUAAUCUUAGCUUCUGAGUUGCCCUGUAUCUUUGAGAGGUGUUUACUUAUUUUCUGUGACCCUAGAAUUGGCAUUUGUCACUAUGAGCCAUACCUCAAAGUGCUUGCAAGGUGAUAAACAUCCCACACUGCAUCCUGAAUUACACACUGCUGUCUCCUCAUAUGUGCUGUGUGUGACUAAGCUGCGGUGCGGACCUGUAGGUUAAAACUUCUGCCUGCAGCUGUGGGAUACCAAAGUGCCUGCAGUCACAGCUGAACGUGGUUGCCAAUGCAAAAGCACACCCAGCUCAAGGAAAUCUCACUGCUGCAUUCAUGGGUUAGUAGCUUUUGCUGCUUCACAAAGCAUCAGCUCUCACUUCAUUCAACUAAUCCAUGAAAUGCAAAGGCUGGUGUCCAACCACAGGACCAAGUUUUGCUUUUAAAUAAACGGGGGGAGGGGGGGGAAGAGAAAGCCCACGUCACUCCAUCCCUUCUAUGCUUUAGGUAGUACCUAUACAAUUAUAUUGCCAAUACCAGCAUUGUUGCAAUCCUCUUCCAAUCAUUUCAUUAUGGUCUGGUUAUGUUAAUAGUAGUUUUUCAGCUGCCCAACUCAUGGCAUUUUAUAUUUACAUUGUUAGGUCAAGCACCUUUGAAAUGAAAACGUGUAAAAUGGGACAAAGUUUAGUGUUUCCUCUGUUUUUCCCCUGUGUUACGUAAGGAAAUACAUGUAAAAUAAAGAAAAAUGAAAACCCUAUGUAUAUUUUAUAUAUUAAAUAAAAAUACGUGUAACUUUACCCAUCUUUUCUCUGUCACAUCAGUACUGAGAGACAAUUUUCCAGCAGCUUAUAACAGGAAACGAUAUUAAAGCUCAUUAGGCAACGCUUUCCUGUGGGGUAGCGUGCUGAGUGCGUGUAUUUAGGUAGUGAAUUGCAA